UGGGGCGCGCUGGCUGCAGGGAAGGCGGUGGAGGCUGUGUUGCCUGCCCGCGUAGCCGGUUUGGUUUGCGGGAGGCGGGCGGGGGAGGAGCGUGGCGGCCGAGCGGGCGGGGUCGAGCGGCGGGUGGGGCUGGCUGGGUGGCCGGGCCAUGCAGGGCUCAGAGGCGGCGGAGCGCUGCUGAGACCCGGCUCUGUGCGCUUAGGAGCGGCUGAUGCCCCCCGCGCUCCCCACUCCGCUACCGCAGCCGGGCCACAUCUGGAUAGGGCACCGCGCUGCGGGGCCGACGCCGGGCCACAAUGCUGCUUGGGGCGUCUCUGGUCGGUGUACUGCUGUUCUCGAAGCUGGUGCUGAAACUGCCCUGGACCCAGGUGGGGUUUUCCCUACUGCUCCUUUAUCUGGGGUCUGGCGGCUGGCGCUUCAUCCGGAUCUUUUUCAAGACCAUCAGGCGCGAUAUCUUCGGUGGCCUAGUGCUCCUGAAGGUGAAGGCCAAGGUGCGGCAUUACCUGCGAGAGAAACGGACGGUGCCCAUUUUGUUUGCCUCUACGGUACGGCGCCACCCCGACAAGACAGCCCUAAUUUUCGAGGGCACAGAUACCCACUGGACCUUCCGCCAGCUGGAUGACUACUCAAACAGCGUGGCUAACUUCCUGCAAGCCCAGGGCCUGGCCUCGGGUGAUGUGGCUGCCCUAUUCAUGGAAAACCGCAAUGAGUUUGUGGGCUUGUGGCUGGGCAUGGCCAAACUGGGUGUGGAGGCAGCACUCAUCAAUACCAACCUCCGACGGGACGCCCUGUGCCACUGCCUGACCACCUCCCGGGCCCAGGCCCUCAUCUUUGGCAGCGAGAUGGCCCCAGCUAUUUGUGAGAUCCACACCAACCUGAACCCCUCCAUGAACCUCUUCUGUUCUGGUACCUGGGAGCCCAGUGAGGUGCCUGCCAGCACAAAGCACCUGGACCCCUUACUGGAAGAUGCCCCCAAGCACCUACCCAGUGCACCUAACAAGGGCUUCACAGAUAAGCUCUUCUAUAUCUACACAUCAGGCACCACUGGGCUGCCAAAAGCUGCCAUUGUGGUACAUAGCAGGUAUUACCGAAUGGCUGCCCUGGUGUACUAUGGAUUCCGCAUGCGGCCGGAUGACAUCGUCUAUGAUUGUCUACCCCUCUAUCACUCAGCAGGAAACAUUGUGGGAAUUGGACAAUGCUUGCUCCAUGGCAUGACAGUGGUGAUCCGGAAGAAGUUCUCGGCCUCACGGUUCUGGGACGAUUGUGUCAAGUACAACUGUACAAUUGUGCAGUACAUUGGCGAGCUGUGCCGCUACCUCCUCAACCAGCCACCCCGGGAGGCAGAAAACAAGCACCAGGUGCGCAUGGCGAUAGGCAAUGGCCUCCGGCAAUCCAUCUGGACCAGCUUUUCCAGUCGCUUUCAUAUCCCCCAGGUGGCCGAGUUCUAUGGGGCCACUGAGUGCAACUGCAGCUUGGGCAACUUCGACAGCCAGGUGGGGGCCUGUGGCUUUAACAGCCGCAUCCUCUCCUUCGUGUACCCCAUCCGGCUGGUACGUGUCAAUGAGGAUACUAUGGAGCUGAUACGGGGGCCUGAUGGCGUUUGCAUUUCCUGCCAACCAGGUGAGCCAGGCCAGCUGGUGGGCCGCAUUAUCCAGAAGGACCCCUUGCGCCGCUUUGACGGCUACCUCAACCAGGGUGCCAACAACAAGAAGAUCGCCAAGGAUGUCUUCAAGAAGGGGGACCAGGCCUACCUCACUGGCGAUGUGCUGGUGAUGGACGAGCUGGGCUACCUGUACUUCCGAGACCGCACUGGGGACACAUUCCGCUGGAAGGGGGAGAACGUGUCCACCACCGAGGUGGAAGGCAUACUCAGCCGUCUGCUGGACAUGGCUGAUGUGGCAGUGUAUGGCGUUGAGGUGCCAGGAACUGAGGGCCGAGCUGGCAUGGCUGCUGUGGCCAAACCCACUGAUACCUGUGACCUGGAACACUUUGCGAAGGUCCUGGAAAAGGAGCUGCCCCUAUAUGCCCGCCCCAUUUUCCUGCGAUUCCUGCAUGAGCUACACAAGACAGGGACCUACAAGUUCCAGAAGGCAGAGCUGCGGAAGGAGGGCUUUGACCCAGCUGUUGUGAAAGACCCACUGUUCUAUCUGGACAGCCGGAAAGGCCGCUACAUCCCGCUGGACCAAGAAGCCUACACCCGCAUCCAGGCAGGCGAGGAGAAGCUGUGAUUUGCCCGUGUCCCUCUGUGGGCCAGUGGAUGCUGGAUUCAGAGCCCCAGCUCCCACCCAGAGGGGUCCUGGGUGAUGCCAGACCAAAGCAAGCAGGGUCUAGCACCUCCACCCCCGAGGUGCUGAUCCCCUCCCUUAAAAACUGCCAAGUGACUCACUGCCACCUCCCCCACUCCCGCCAGAGGUUUUCUGUGAAAGCCUCAGGUCUGUGUUAUGUCUCCAAGGCUGGGAGGUCCUCCGGGCCCCAGGCUGAGACUGACUGGGCUCCCUCAGGAUGAUGUCUUGGGUUAGGGCAGAGAGAGGUGGAGGGGUCACCAGGCUCUCCCCAGCUAGCAGACACCCCUAAUUGGGACCAAGGCAGAAGCUGCCAGACUCAGGAAGCCAGCAGAGUAGAUGGGAGCAGCAGUGGUCCAGCUGGU